CAGGGAGGGGGAGGAAAUGGAGCUGGUCGCUCCGUGCCGGGCAGAGCCUCCUCACACGGCUUUCUUGUGUCCUCCUGGUAAAAGCCCGCAGUUCAACGAGAUUAUCAUUAUCCCUGGUAAGGCCGCCGCAUCUCGAGCGCUCCCCCUCGUGGCGCAGCCUUGGUCCAGCCCAGCCGAGACCCAGCCCGGGCACCGGAAGGGCGAGCCCCGCGCGUGCGCAGAGCGCAGCAUGGGGGCGACUGUCGCGGCGACCCUCUCCUGGGUCGGUGAAGAUCAUUAUUAAGGACCCCGGGUAUAAUAAUGAACACAAUGCAUGCUACGAUGGCUCGGAUUUUAAGAACUCAUCUGAUAAAUUCUUCAUGGAUUCUGGAUCGAGUGAAAAUAUUUUCCUGUCUUGGUGUCAUUAGAAAUAGAAUGAUAUCAACCCAUAAGUCCAGAAAGAAGAUCAGAGAAUAUUAUAGGCUGCUGAAUCUAGAUGAGGGGUGCUCUGUAGAAGAUGUCCGGGAAUCUUUCCGUAAGCUUGCCAAGCAAUACCAUCCAGACAGCAGUUCUAGUGCUGCAGACUCUGCAACAUUUAUAAGGAUCGAAGAAGCAUAUAGGAAUGUGCUUUCCCAUGUGGUAGAACAAACAAAUGCCAGACGGAAUAAAGUGGAAGAAACAGAAGAAGAAGAAGAAAAAUUCAAAUAUAAUACACCCCAGCACCGCCAUUAUUUAAGUUUUGAAGGUAUUGGUUUUGGGACUCCAAGUCAGCGAGAGAAGCAAUAUAGGCAAUUCAGGGCAGACCGUGCAACCGAGCAAGUGAUGGAAUAUCAAAAGCAGAAACUGCAAAGGCAGCAUUUCGCUAACAGCGUAACUGUGAAGGAUGUAAGACAGAGCAGGGAACAAAAGAUAACUCAAGCAAUAGAGCGAUUAGUGGAGGACCUCAUUCAGGAAUCAAUGGCCAAAGGAGAUUUUGACAAUCUUAGUGGGAAGGGAAAACCUCUAAAGAAGUUUUCUGGCUGCUCAUAUAUUGAUCCCAUGACCCACAACCUGAACAGAAUAUUGAUAGAUAACGGAUACCAACCAGAAUGGAUUCUGAUGCAAAAGGAAAUAAGUGAUACUAUUGAGCAACUUCGAGGGACAAUUUUAGAGUCUAGGAAAAAACUUGGGAAUCCAAUGACACCUGUAGAACAACGACAGUGGAAGAAAGUCUGUGAACAAUUUGAAGAAAACAUCAGAAAACUAAACAAGCGAAUUAAUGAUUUUAAUUUAAUUGUUCCCAUCCUGACCAGGCAAAAAGUCCAUUUUGAUGCACAGAAAGAAAUUAUCAAAGCCCAGAAAAUGUAUGAGACUCUUAGCAAAACAAAAGAAGUUACAGAUAAAAGUCCAAAUGACAUUAAUCAGGGAGAAGAGAAAACUCCUAGGGUCAAAACAGGUUUUUUAAGCUGGAUAAAUCUGUGGAAAUUUAUUAAAAUAUGAUGCCUGGAAUAUUUGCUGUCACAGUAUUACCCCAGUUUAUCUUCACCUGACAUCACACAUAAGAUGCUGGGAUUAUUGCCCUACCACAAGAGUUUGACCUGUGUGCCCUUUGUCACAAAACUGAUCACACCCUCCACUGAUGUAUGAGAAAGCUAAGAAUCUGAGCCAGAAAUUUUCAGUCAGCUUGUGAGGAUAUAGCAAAACAAAAGAUCUUGUGUGAGAAAGUUAAGAAACUGUCAUAUUUUCUAUUAUCUCUACUCAUAAGGAUAUCGCAAAAGAAAAGAUCUCACUUCUAACAAAGACAGUCCAUUUCAGAGUUCAGGUAUCAAUAGGUGAGGGGCCGGGGAGAUGGCUCAGUAGGAUAAGCUCUUCCUGGCAAGCUCAAGGGUUUGAGUAUAAUCCCCGGUUCUGGAAAAAAGAAAAAAAAAAAAAAAAGUGAAAUGAGCUAGAACUGAGACGAGCGAAUCAGAUAAGGUAUUUGAAAAAUCCUAUUGCAGUUUAAGGCUCUGAUAACUUAGAAACAGUUGCCAUUUUCAAACACAGGUAGUUGAACAACAAAAUCCUAACUAUUAUCAAAGCAUAAAACUGAAGAAGUAUAGUGAACUAUCAUCUACUAAACCCCCAGAUGACUUUUUUUACAAGUUUGCUGCAGUUCUACUCCUGAGCUUAGUAGAACAUCUAUAAGGGUGAAAAGGUUAAGAUCAGGAAAUUAGUUUGAUAGAGUUGCUUCCCUCUAAAGGCCUUCUCUUUGGGUACUGAAUGGAAAAAAAAAAAUCUAGGUUGUGCUUUUUCUUGCCUAAUUCAUGAUCCAUUGGGUACAGAAAUCAAUCACACAAGGUAGGUGAUUUACAAAUGCCUACCCAGUUAAAUCAGACUCCUCGGAAGCUUUUUUUAGGGCAGAGCUGGUGUGGCAGGUGGUGCUGGGGAUUGUACAGUGUCCCCUGCACCUACCUAAGCUUGCCUAAGCAGGCACUUUAGCCUGCUGAGCUAUCUCACUAGCCCUUGAGAGGCUUCUGAGUGAUGUGAAAAUCCAAUUUACUGUCUUAGGACCUAACCUGCUUUAGGGGACCCUUUAAUAAAUAAAAGACAAGGUACAGUAUCUGAAUUUUCUGCACUUGUAUCUUUGGCUAAUGUCAAGAGAUUGAAACUCAGGAUUCUUUUUCCAGGUUAUUAUUGUGCCCUGUUGAUUUUCAGAAAAUCUAAAUUUUAGCCAGGUGUAAUGGUGCACACUUGUAAUCCCAGUACUUGGGAAGUGGAGACAGGAGCAUCACCAGGAGUUCGAGACCAGCCUGGACUACAUA